AUGGUGGAAAUCAAGGGCCUACGUGGGCCAGCCGGGGAGUUCGGCGCGGUGGGCCGCGUGGAGGUGCCUGCCAACAGCGCGAGGGACGUGUACGACUUUGUAUGCGAUGUGGAGCAGCAGCCCGGCUGGAACUCUGGUGUAAAGCAGUCCAAGGUGCUGGAUGCCAAGGGGAAUCACAAAACCCUGCACCAGGUUCUCCAAUGGAACUUUUUGACACUGAAAGGGGACAUGCACUUUAUUCUCGACCAGACAGAGGACCCCUCGGCGCUGGAGAUUCGCACUGAGCUGCAGCGCGGCACCAUGAUGCGGCGGUUCCGGUCGAGGGUGACUGUGUCGGCCACAACCACCCCUGGGCUGUGCGAGGUCGAGAUGGAGAUGUUCAUGCAGCCCGCCAUCUUUGUGCCGCCCGUCAUCCGAAGCGUCGUCGGCAUGCAGGUCCGCAAUCAGCUGGGGUCCGUACUGGACGCGCUGCAGCGGUGCUUGCAGCAGCGGCACCAGCUCAGCGCCGGCGCGGCCGCAGCGGCGGCGGCGGCCGCAUGGCUUUCGCACCCGCUGCACGAUCUGGUCAGCGACGAUCUGGAUGAUCUGAGCAGCGAUGACCUGGCGGUGGACAUUGAGGACUCUGAUCGUUGGGACUCGCCGCGCGCCGCGACCUCGGCACUCCGGCGGCACCUGAAGCCGCUGCAGGCGGCGGCGGGGGCGUGCGAGCGGCGUCGCGCGGAGCCGGCCGGCGCCGCGGCGCGCGAUGGGGCCACGGGCAAAGGGCAGCUGGCCGCGGGCUGGGUGUCGGAGCGGUGGCUGACGCGGGGGCUGCUGGGGCGGUCGUCCUGGCUGCCGCUGCUGUGCGCAGUGGUCGCCCUCUGCUGGUCGCUCUCUCUUUACCACGCCCGCUCCCUGCUGCAAUUCUGA